AUGUCUGUUCCUGCUGGUAGUGGAACUAUCGCGCCGUUAACCUCCCCCACUGGCACAGGUUCACCUCACGGAAAUAAACAAUGGGAGGACAUUCUUGAGGAAAUGAGAUGCCAUUUACAGGAUGCUGAACGACUAGCUGAGGAACACCAUAAGAUGACCAACGAACUCCUCGAUCUACAGAUGGUUGGUUGGCUUCGCAAAGUGCAAUUACCGCUAAUUUAUGCUCCCCAGCAUCACCAAACUCUUCAAAACCGAUACCAGUCCGACAUUUGCAUCCCGAAACAAGACACGGCUGAAUUGCAGUGGAUGCUCGAGGAGCAACAAAAGCAUUCAAACACACUGCGUGCGGAUCUUUUCACAUCCCGGGCUGCAUUGAAAGAAUCCAUUCGCGAACGUGAUACAGACGCUGCAAGGCAACAAGAGGAACGCUCUCGUUGUACGGCUAAUGCCACCCAGCUCGAAAAGGAACGUCUGCGUUUCGCAAGUACCGAGCGGGAGGUAUAUCAGUCACUCAUCUGCGGCAUAUGCAUCGAUGCGGACGGCCUGCUCGACACGGACGGCGACGAUAGCAUGAUUGUCACGAGAUGCGGGCACAUUUUUUGUAAGACUUGUUUGAAAGGGGCGGAAAACACUGUCUGUCCUUUCUGUCGAAGCACCAAAGGGACAUUCCCGAAAGCUAUCAGCGUCCCAGGAAUCAGAAGUGCCUUGCGUGCAUUCAAAGGGCAUCAGACAGCUCGCAGAGUGGAACGCAAGACAAAGUUGUUCAAUAAGCGCACUGCCCGUGCUUCUCAGCUUACUGGAAGUAACUUCCAUCGAGAUAUGCUGGACAAACUUGGCCUGGGGGGGAUGAGCUCAGACGAGUCAGAUGGAGGUGAAGAGCCCGUGCCAACUGUCUGCCAGGUUCCUUGGCGAAGUCCACAUAUUACGAAGCUCCUUCAUGAACUUGAUGACACGGGAUCACCAGCUGAGAGGCAGCAUGUGGUCCACGCUAUGCCUAGUAGCAGCAAAGCAGUGCCGUGUUUGCCACGGAACUUCUAUGAGGCGAAAUGGCUAUCUAGCCUGUCAAAGGAGAAGCGGAGGAUAUUGGCCAUUCAGAAAAGUGUUGAUUUCACUCAGACUGAGGAUACAUUGAUGGACGAUGAUACGAUGUAA